AUGGCAAGUAGGAAAACCACCAUUCCACUCCUUAUUCUUUUGCUUUCUCUGUUUUUGAAGUUUCUCAUGGUUGAAGCUCUUACAAUCAAUUCUAAUGACAGUGAUCUCAACAUGGCUUGCAUUGAGGUAGAGCGGAAAGCGCUUCCUGAAUUUAAACAUGGUCUGAAAGAUCCUUCAGGUAGGCUUUCUUCCUGGGUUGGUGCUGUUUGCUGCAAGUGGAGAGGUGUGGAUUGCAACAACCAAACAGGAAAUGUUGUCAAGGUUUUCGGGCGAGACACCCAAAUGGAUUGGAGAAAAAAUGUCAUCAUUGAGGCAACUUCGUUUACGAGGCAACAUGUUGAUAGGAGAUAUUCUGAACAACUGUGUGGGCUUUCUUAUCUCCACAUUUUGGAUCUUGCGCUUAACAAUUUAUCAGGAUCCAUCCCACAAUGCUUAGGCAAUUUGACUGCUUUACGUUCUGUGACCUUAUUAGACAUCGAAUUUGAUGACAACCCCGGGAGUCAUUUUGCCUAUUCAGAGCGCAUGGAGCUAGUUGUGAAGGGACAAGACAUGGAAUUUGAUAGCAUACUGUCAAUUGUGAAUUUGAUUGAUCUUUCUAGCAAUAACAUUUGGGGAGAGAUCCCAGAAGAGAUCACAAAUCUCUCGACCCUGGGUACCUUGAAUUUGUCCCAAAACCAAUUGAUUGGAAAGAUACCUGAGAAGAUCGGAACCAUGCAAGGGCUAGAAACUCUUGACCUCUCAUGCAACUGCCUUUCAGGUCCAAUUCCUCCAAGCAUGUCUUCUAUAACCUCAUUGAACCAUUUGAACCUAUCACAUAACCUCCUGUCAGGACCAAUUCCAACAACCAACCAGUUCUCGACAUUCAAUGAUCCAUCCAUUUAUGAGGCGAACCUGGGACUUUGUGGGCCUCCAUUGUCAACCAACUGCUCCACUCUAAAUGAUCAAGAUCACACAGAUGAGGAGGAAGAUGAAGAUGAAUGGGACCUGUCAUGGUUCUUCAUAAGCAUGGGAUUGGGCUUUCCGGUGGGAUUUUGGGCUGUAUGUGGCAGUUUGGCUCUAAAGAAGUCUUGGAGGCAGGCUUAUUUCCGGUUCAUUGAUGAAACCAGAGAUAGGUUAUAUGUCUUCGCUGCAGUGAAUGUGGCUCGUCUGAAAAGGAAGAUGGAAACAGAUGGAGUUCAUGGCUGA